UUUUGAUUUUUUGGUCUACUUGCAUGUCUGUCACAUGUGAGGUUGUUGUUUAGCAGAAAUUCUGGUAACUAUAUAACUCCCACUAAAUCUUGUGUUUCUCGGCAAGAAAUCGACAUACUUCCAAUCUACAAAUUAAAACCGUUUUUCUCUCGUAAUUCGAAACGAAAAAAAACCCGAGAAGAAAAUGGAGAAGAAAAACGUAAUUUCAUCGUUAGUACUUAUAUUUGGAUUGUGCAAUUUGAUCACGAACGCCAAUGCUCUCACAGCUUCUGGAUGGACUAAGGCACAUGCAACUUUCUACGGAGGUAGCGAUGCUUCCGGAACAAUGGGGGGUGCUUGUGGGUACGGAAAUUUGUACACGGCGGGGUACGGUACAAGAACAGCAGCGUUGAGUACAGCACUAUUCAACGACGGGGCAUCGUGCGGUCAAUGUUUCAAGAUCAUAUGCGAUUUCAAAGCUAGUCCACAAUGGUGUAGGAAGGGCUUUUCCGUAACUAUAACCGCAACAAACUUCUGCCCGCCGAAUAAUGCUCUUCCUAACGACAACGGAGGGUGGUGCAACCCGCCACGUCAGCAUUUCGACAUGGCUCAGCCCGCUUAUGAGAAGAUCGGCAUCUAUCAAGGCGGCAUCGUGCCCAUUAUUUACCAAAGGGUUCCAUGCGUGAAGCGGGGUGGAGUAAGAUUCACAAUCAACGGACGAGAUUACUUCGAGCUAGUGACGAUCACGAACGUGGGGAACGCUGGGUCCAUUAGAUCGGUCCAAAUUAAGGGGUCGAAAACCGGGUGGAUGCCUUUGUCAAGAAAUUGGGGUGCUAAUUGGCAAUCCAAUUCUUUUCUCAAUGGCCAAUCUCUUUCUUUCAUGAUCACAACUUCUGAUGGACUAACUAAAACUUUCUUAGAUAUUGCCCCUUCCAAUUGGGCUUUUGGUCAAACUUUCUCGAGCUCGGUCCAAUUUUGACCCGGCCCACAAGUUCCGGGUCGGGUUAACGGGCCGCGGCGUGCUUUACUAUUUUAUUUAAAGCUGCCCGCCCCGAAAAAAGUAUUUUAUUAAACAUAUAAAUUCUUACUGUGGUAUGUUUUUAAGGAAGAAAGCUUACGAACUCGAGCACGGAAGAUAAGUUCAUAAAAAGAAUUGGUCGUCUUCACAUUGUAUUUAACCGUUUUUUUUGUCGAUUUAAAUUACACGUCGAAAGAUACGUAAGGAUAAAUAAGAAGCGCGACGAAAUGCUGCUUCGGUCAGAAUGUUUGUUUUGAAUUUAUUUGCAUUCAUAUACAUCUUGUAAGUUGUAACUAUAAUGUGUGAAAUGAUAAAUUGUGAUUUUUUCGUU